AAGUAGAGCCCACAGCCUUGUACAGGGACAAUAGAGCUUUAUUUGCGGAGAGUGACAUCACGUUUUUCAUUUGACAGGUACAAGGUAGUGUUUUAGGUACAGAAAAGAAAGGAACUGUGUGUUAUUUGUUUGUGUACCUUCAUAAAUAUUAGGAAGUAUGAUUAGUUGAUUGCUUUCCAACCCGAGAGCACUUUCUGUGUUUAGCAGACAGACUUGCUGAAAAGUGUUGACAUGCAUUUGUUUAUCAUUUGCUGUGUGUUUGUUGGUUUAAGAGGUGAACGGUUUAGUUUCACUGACAGCUUCCUGGUUCAUAAGUUCUUUCUUUGUGCGAUCAGACACAGUCAACAUAUGAGUGUCUAGUCAACCGUUCUGUUUCCUUUAGCAACAGCAAAUAAAAGAUUAAUAACCAAAGGUGUGACUGAAAGCCUUGCUCACACCGAUUUGGCACACGUUGUUUUCUUUUUGUUCUUGGCUGAAAAUCAGGUUCUGCCGUGUUGAGUAAAAUCUAUUCUUGGGAAGGGAAGCUGUUUGUACAAAGGAAGGAAAACAGGAAAUUUUGAAUAUUGUUGUGACACGUGGAUGGUGUAGACUAGAGUAGCAAAUAGUUUGCUAUGUGAGUAACACCUGGAAGUGGUCAAAUAAUUUUUUACGUCUGACUUUUCUAAACGGAGCAUUCGUCUCGUGUCUCUCGGCAGUGAUGGAGGUGGAAGUGUUUAGGAGGUCGAUGAUUGAGACCGUCUCCAGAAGAGAUUCUGUUUCUGUGAAAUGUUUUCCAGCUUCCCAAAACCUUCGGAUGUCAACACCUCGAUCCAUCCCUCUGAGCAUCAGAAACACCCACAGGGAGUUUCGAGCUUCAUCUGCACCUCUGAUUCCCAAUCCGUUUCCGGAGCUCUGCCACCCGACUCCAUCCCCGGUGCUGACCGGAUCCCUCGGCGGGAGGGAUCCCCCCUCCAACAGCAGCACACACGUGCUUCGGGUUUUUGGGGAUGCUACAAACAGUCGGUCGGUUUUGGUGACGUCUGGGGCGACGGCACAUGAUGUCUGUAAAAUGUUAGCGCAGAACGCACACUGUACGGAUGAGGAAAGCUGGGCUCUCAUUGAACAUCAUUCUGCUUUAGGCCUGGAGCGCUGUCUGGAAGACCAUGAGCUUGUGGUGCAGGUUCAGUCAUCCUGGCCAGUAGAGAGCGACACAAAGCUGAUCUUCCGUAAAAACUACGCCAAGUACGAGUUCUUCAAAAAGCCUGUGUUAUUUUUCCCGGAGCACAUGAUCUCUGACAGCGCUGAUGUCACUAAAGGCAUGACAUCAUCAGAGCUGGUGCAGAAUAUGGUGAAGAGCGGCUCCUGUCCAGAGAUUCAAGGCUUGCUCCAUGUGAGAGAGGGAGGUAAAAAGUCCUGGAAGAAACUCUAUUUCGUUUUACGACGCUCUGGAUUGUACUGCUCUAACAAAGGACAAUCAAAGGAACCUUGGCACCUGCAGUUUGUUGGAGAUCUGGAAGAUCUGAAUGUGUUCACAGUAUUCAAUGGCCGUAAACUUUACGGGGCUCCGGGAGAACAUGUCUUCUGCAUUAAGGCCUCAAAAGACAGGUUUCGCUGUCAGAAUUUGAAGCUGAUGUGUGCUGACAGUGAGCAGAGUCGUACAUGCUGGAUCACGGCUUUCAGAUUGUUUAAGCAUGGGAAACAGCUCCAGUGUAAUUACCAGCUCUCCCAGUCCAGCACCAGACUUCACAAACCAUCACGACCAGACUCCAAGUAUACAGACCGGGACGAGUCGAUGGUGGCCAUGGAUUUUUCAGGGAAGAGCGGUGGUCGAGUGAUUCAGAAUCCACAUGAGGCCCAGAAUGCAGAGCACGAGGAAGGACUCAACUGGAGGAAGAGAGAAGCAUUACGUCAAAGUUUACCCAGCAGCAGUCACGGGUCACAGCUGACCGCGGUUCAUCAGGUUCAGCCAUGGUUCCAUGGGGGCGUGUCUCGAAUUGAAGCUCAAAGGCUAUUGGAGGAGCAGGGCCAGGUGGAUGGGAUGUUUUUGAUUCGUGACAGUCAGCUUCACGCGCAGUGCUUUGUUUUGUCCUUGUGUUAUAAACUGAAGACCCAUCACUACCUCAUCAUUCCCUUGGAGCAAGGAGAUAAACAGUACUACACUAUGGACGAUGGUGUCACACUGUUCACAGAUCUGCUGCAGUUGGUGGAGUUUCACCAGAUCAACUGCGGCAUCUUACCUGUGUGUCUCAAACACCCCUGCACUUGCAUUGCAUUCUAAACCUUCACCUUUGACCUAUUCCUCAAAACUUGCAUCUAAAUGACCCAGCACCAGUCUACAGACCGUGAAAGUUUUCAUUUUACAUCUCGCAGUGGAUGUCAGGACAUUCACCGUUUUCCGUAACCCAAAAAAGACUGAAUUUCUGUACAUAGAAAUGUUAUUUAUAUUUUAUAUACCUCUAGCACACUGUAGAGCUCUUUACUAUUUUAAAAAUACUCAAAUUGUUUACGGACUGCUUGUUUAAAGCCAUUUGAAUUCAACAUCCUUCUAUCCGGGAAUGUUUCUAAACCGGAAAGUGCACAAUCGUGUGGGAACUUCCUGCUAUUCAUUCCUUCAACACUAGGAGGCGCACUGGUGCUUUGAAUGCGGUACUGUCCAGGAACUCUUCACUUAAGCAAUAGUCAUGCAGGGAUACAUUAAUGCAUAUAUGAAGUUGCAGAAGGAGGCGAUUUCAAUGUAGCAGAUUUAUUAUUAUUAUUAUAAUUAUAAUUAAGAAUAAUAAUUGUAUUUUUUUGUUCAACAUUGUUUAAUUUAUGGGUGUUUUUUCAUAAUAUUGAAGUUUAAGAUAGAGACCAGUUUAUGUUUGCUUUAUUUUAUAUUUGUAUUUAGGUGACUCUGUUUUAUCAUUGGUUAACAGUUGUGGUUGGUUGUGCACAUGUGGUUUAAUUUUGACCAAAGCCUCAAGUUGAAGUUUUUAAGAAAAUGGAAUGUUUGUGUUUUAGAAGUUUGAAUCUGUGUGUGUGUGUGCGUGUGUGCGCUUGUUGUUUUGCUGCAUUAAACUGUAUUUGACUCUCA